AUGAACAAAAAUAAGCUAACGUUCGAUGCUAAUACACUCAAGAAUGUCCUCGGAAGCGUAAUCCAGCCAGAAAAGCGAUUUUCUCAGCCGGCAGCGCCAAAAAUGUCCGUAACUGGUUCGACGAGGAAGGAAGCAGACAAGGACUCUAUUAUGAUGCGAAAAAACGUGUUCAUCCACUAUUGGGGCACGGGCCGACACGGCUAUCGUCCUCGUCGCAGCGCUCAUCGCGCAGAUCUGGGCCGGCUGGCAUUGUUUGCCGAGUACUGUUUAUUUCCAGUGCAGUCUUAUAAUUUGGACAACUUUGAGAAAUUCCAGAUCCUGCUCACCGCUCCCGGUGACGGCGCCGUUGUUUUCUUCGGUUGUUUGAGUUCGGCAAGGAUGCCGAGGACAAUGAAGUACCUCAAGCGCUUGACGUUGGAAAGAAAGUUCAUACUUGACCAAGUGCUUUCGAAUGGUGCAAUCGGAUUUGAGGCCAACGCUCGCGCAUACAAAGCCGGUCUAUUCCCGAGCGGUGCAAGAAUGAUUGCGCCGUUUUGGAACAGAAACGACUUCGGAAAGUGGUCACAAGGACGGGUGUUGGAACGCGGCCAAAGCGAAAUCCGGUACCAGUACGACCGGUCGGUGGUCGUCAAGUCAGCUGUGGUUGUCACAUGGGAGAAAAUGCAACCAUUAGAAGGAACCGCCGCUUUACCUGAAGAAAAUACGAACACAUUCCAAGCUGCCCUUUUCAUCACGGAUAAUGGCACCUAUGCGAAUUUCAUCUACAGCAAUAUUGGUUGGACUCAGGGUGCUGAGGCUGGUUUCAAUCGCGGCGAUAACUCCGAACACUAUGCACUGCAGCAUCGGGCACUGGUAAUAUCAUGUAUCUGGAGGAAUCGUAAUAACGGGGACCUGUGUUCGUCGGGCGAAUGGGGAGCCGACUGUGCGUCGUGCUGUCAUUGUGGUGAAGGAACUUGCCAUCCACUGACUGGCGAAUGUUCUAAAGGAUGUGCUGAAUGCUGGUUGGGAGGCAACUGCCAGACAAGUAAGUUGGCUUCAGGUGAUAGAAAGAAAACUGUCAUGCCAGACCUUCGGCUCAAUGCGCUCCAAACGCGAUCUCAUUCACCGACUACGAUCGCUGCGGAGAACCUUUGCAAAGGUGUCAGUGUCUGGCCGGGUUCAAAGGCGACGGGUACAAAACAUGUCAUGAUAUUGAUGAGUGUCGAGAGCAAGUCUGUCAUAAGAACGCCGUGUGUACGAACACACCUGGACGGUACUUCUGCCAGUGUCAAGAGGGCUUCUCAGCUAUGGCGUCCAUCUGAAUGCUGUUAUACGACGUUCUUGUUCCCAUCUGACUCUCAUCAGCCUCUGCCGAAGAGUAAAACAUCCAAGGUUCUGUGGCAACUCAAAGCACCGAUGAAAUUGUUUGGAAAAACGUAUGACAAGAUUACGGUGACAACUUCUGGUUUGCUUUCGAUAACGGACGUGCCAAAAACGUUCGGUGACAAUCUGGAACAAAUGCAUCUGACCGGAGUGGCACCGUUUUUUGCUCCUAUCGACACCAGCCGAGGAGGACAUGUAACAGUGGCUGAAGUGACUGACUCGGAUACUUUGACGCGCGUCACACGUAGCAUUCAAGAAAACUACGAGGAACCCACGUUCCAAGCCAGAAGCGUUCUGAUCGUCACGUAUAUGAACGUCACCGACGGUAGAGCACAGCGAGGAAAUACUUUCCAAACAUUGUUGAUCAAUGGAAUGAACAGCAAACAAGAGAAAAUGACGUUCGCUCAAAUGCUCUAUAAGGACAUGCAGUGGGGUGACGGGGCCGAAGCUGCAAUCAUGACUAACGACAUUUCUUCGUCGGUCAGUCUACCCGGCUCGGGCACGCAAGGCAUCGAACAGCUCACACAGCUCAGCAACGUCGGACAGCCCGGAAUUUGGCUAUUCAGAAUUGGUAAAACUUUAUUAGAGUUGAAUGGCGCUGCUCGAGACAGUAUGGAAAAUUUUUUAGAUGGGCCAACCAUUCAGCCAUGUCCAUUAGAAGGACACAACCACCGUACUGCCAGAAGAAGACGCGUCCAACUGAGCGAAUACUGCCGCCAAGACCAACACAGCUCACGUCGGCUCCGUCCUCGAGUUAUUACACCAUCCGACGAAAACACGCCUAUCGUAUCCCUCGGUGAACGCGAUUUCGAGGAGCUCGACCAAGAUGUCUUCGAGAUCACUUUUCCACCGUUUGUCACCGUCGUUCCGGAGAUGUUCACACCAAAAGAAAAGAAAUCUCUACGACCACCUCAACUUCCUCAACUUUCCACAACGGAACCGACUUUCCCCACAUUCAAACUGGCCGAUUCUCAGGACACGCUUGUUACGGUGUCUCUAGAAAAGUCGCAACCCGAGUCGACUAUUAGAACUACUGUAUCUACACCAUCGAGCACUAGUGCACCCUCAGAAGAGGAGGCAGAAGUCGAGGCCAAAGAAGAAACACGGAUUCCUGGCGAUGUUUCUGGAGAACCUCAGCGGGAAACAACUGAGCUACGGAUCACAACAGAAAAGGCCACAGAAGCUCCUGCAACCACAAAGGCGACCACUGAACGGCCCACCACGUCGCCGUCGACCACUGCUGCCCACAUCUUCGUCUUCACGACAACAAGAGCG